AUGUCUGUAACAAUUAAGGAUGCUAUCAUGGUUGAAGACCUUGAAAUGCCUAGUUGUUUAGAUGUCGAUUGCGAAGCCUGCCUACUUGCCAAAUCGAGAAGGAAGGUCUCCCGAGAACCCCAGGUUCGAGUCCAGGACGCCGCUUGGAAAUUCCACAUCGAUACACACACCAUGUCUCCACCUGGUCUAACUGGAGAGAAGUACUGGGUUCCAAUCGUUGACGAUGCUACCAGGAUGGGCAGGGGCAUCUUCACAAAGACAAAGGAAGAAAUAUCUACCCGCAUGAUUAAAUUCUGCGAGGAGAUAAAGCUACUAACAGGUAGAUACCCCGGUAUUUGGCGCCUCGACAAUGGCACCGAAUUCAAAAGAUUUAUUACGUGGGGAAAGAAACAUGAGUUCGUCUUUGAGCUCACUCCUCCGUACACUGCAGAACCAAACGGCACCGCCGAAUGGUAUGGUGGCUACAUCAAUGAGAUCGGAAGGACCAUGAUCAUUGAAUUAGGACUCGAUGAAACGCUCUGGCCAUUUGCUCACCAAACUGCUAUUUACAUUGUGAACCGUCUUGCAAACGGCGAGACCGGUAAAUCACCAAUCACCCUCUGGCGUGAGCUUCUUCACAUUCAAAACACCAAACCAACUCUCAAGCAUCUACGGCCAUGGGGAUCCACCGCCUAUGUGCAUAUUCCGAAAGACAAGCGAGUGCAAUCUUGGAAGGCCGCACCCCGCGCCUGGAAGGGCUACCUCAUUGGCUAUGAGGGGGAUGGCGGUCAUGUUUACCAGAUCUGGGAUCCCGUGAACCAGGAGAUGAAGAGAUCUCGUGAUGUUACUUUCCACAAACCUAGUGAUGACCAUGACAACGGUGAAACAGGGGCUGUAUCAAUGCCCCCUGGCCCUCCGAAGGCUCCCAACGAUCCUGGAAAUGCAGGAAUCUAUCAAACUUCAUUCAUUGACUCAAGCGAGCAAGCAAAACCACAGGAUGCAUAUCCUCAGCCAACAAUUCAACAAGUACGACAAGCUACUCCGGCACAGUCUUCACAGGCCAUUCUGCCAGACAGUAUCUCUAGUUACAAGACCACUCCCGGGAUCAUUCCCCGAAGGGAGAUUCGACAAAUUGAACAAGCACCGUCCUUGCACAUGCCCUCGAGAACACACCUAUUCGACAGGUCCACAGCUGCUUCUCGUCCGCGGAAUCGACCCACUUUGUUACGUGCGCAUGCACCUUUGCAAAGAAUUACUUAA